CGAAAUUCCUCUACUUCGUCCGAACGACACAACCCCAUCCGAUCGUCGUCUUCUCCUCCUCCGAUCGUCGUUUUCGUUGUCGAUGUCGUCUCCUCUGUUUGUUGUCUUCGCCUCUUCCGGAAAUUCGAGCGGUGGGGAUUUUGUCUGAGACUUAACUCGCGCUUGGCGUUUUGGGACUAGGGUUCCCAUUACAUUUACAGCCAAACUCAGAAACACAGCAACAAAGGUUCCCAUUACAUUUACAGCGGCAGCAAAUCUUCUUCUUCUUCGAAUUCGCACAAAUAAAAUCGGAGGAAUUGGGGGUAGAGUUCUGCUGAGUUUCAAAGAAACCCCGAGGAAGUAACGUCACCUUCGAUUGCUCUCAUUCUGGUCCCUGCGUUCCUGAGUUUUAAAGGUUUAAUGAUGCUUGAAGAUUUCCAAGAAUAGAAGGAUUAAAGGAGUUGAGAAAGCUUUAGACCAGAUAGACAUUUGAGGAGAUGUUGACUAAUAUUUUCAAAAUUGGAGGUCUUCGUCAAAUAUCAUGGUUCCAGUUUCUUCCCCAUGAAUCAGAUUGGAACUCGCUACCCGAUAAAAGCGGUGUGAAAGGGGAGCAUAAAGAUGCUGCUACGAUGCUGGUGCUUUCAUCGCAUCUGCAGUUGCAGAAGGAAGGAUUUCUUAGCACGUGUACUAAUUCCUUUGUCGGACCCUGGGAUCCAUCACAGGGUUUGCAUAAUCCUGAUGAGAAAAUCAAGUUGUGGAUUUUUCUUCCUGGACAACAUUCAUCUGUCGUUGAGUCUGCUCAAGCUGCUGUAUCUCGGCUAAGAGUUGUUAAAUUUGGGCUCUGGUUGGCUCCUGGAGACUCAGAAGAGGUUGCAGCUGCUCUUUCACAGGCUUUAAGGAAUUGCAUUGAAAGAGCUCUUCAUGGACUCUCCUAUGUGAGAUUUGGAGAUGUAUUUUCAAAGUUCCGCCCAUCAUCUCAAAGUGAAGAAAUUUUCAGGAGAGGUCAGCCUACAGUUGAAUUUAUCUUUGCUGCCACCGAGGAAGGAAUUUAUGUGCAUGCUAUAAUAUCCUCAAAGCAUAUCCGGGCACUUUCGAGUGCUGACUUAGAGAGAGUAUCAAAGCAAUCUUCAAAUUUUACUAGUUACAGACUUCCAGUGAUAGUUUCUCCUCAUGGAAUACGUGGCAGGCUUACUGGAUCUUGUUCUAAUGAUCUUGUGAAACAGUUGUACUUCAGUUCCAGCAAGCUUAGGGCUUCAAAUGGUUUUAUUGGUCUAGCAAAUCAUGUUUCUCAAGGUUCUGGUUGUCAACUGGGGGGCCAAAAUUGCUAUGUAGAAGUUACCCUUGGCUGCCAUAGAUCUGGAGAUGACGGGCGACUGCAUUCAAUCUCAAAGUCCAACAGGAAUGUGCCAAAGCAUCAUGUCGCCGAGUCAACUGCUUUGGAAAGAGCUGAUCAGAAGGGAACUUUAGAUAAUAAAGCAGUUUAUGAGAAAACUUUUUUAUAUCCACCUGAGGCGGUUUUGGUCCCUGUCUUGCAAGCAACAUUUCCUAGAUCAUCUUUGAAAAGGUUUUGGCUGCAGAAUUGGAUAGGGCCCUCAUUACCUGGUUCAGCUUUCUUUAUGCAUUGCGCUGACAAUGCAGAUUACAUGGAAGGAUUAAAUGAAGUCUAUAGUAAGCGCUCACAGCAUGGUUAUAAUAGCAGCAGCAACAGCAAUUGUAGCAGCAUUAGUAGCAUAAGCAGCAGCUCCAGUGAUAGCGAUUACAAGAUGAAUUCAGGAGCCAAUGAACUUGAGGCAGAUGCUGAUUCUUUAACCUGUAGACAAUCUGGUUUAUCAUCUAAUGAUCAGCUAGAGAAUGAUUUCCCUAGAUUGGGUUCCAAGCGUCCACGAGCAGGGAUGACAGACUCAUUCGGUCAAAUGGGUGCAGCUGCAAUUGUUCCCAUGCAAGAUUCAUACAAGUCUGAUCUUGGUUCUUUAGAAGUUAAUAAUUCUGGGAUUACAGGUGUUGGAAAUGAUCAGAUUGGUUGUUAUUGGGAUUGGGAUGAUGAUGAUAGAGAUAUGGGUACUGAUAUUCGAGCUCUUCUUCAUGAGUUUGGAGAUUUCGGUGACUUCUUUGAAAAUGACGCUUUACCUUUUGGAGAGCCCCCAGGAACUGCAGAAUCGCAUGCUCUUAUGUUCUCUGGACCGGACUGUGGAGAUAUACUUAGCAGUCCAGUUGGGAUCAUGGAUGUUUCAGAUCAGUUGCUCUCAACUGAGGGUUUUACACCCUUUGACAGCUUUAGUCAGCCUCCUCCAGCACCCAAUGAGGAGAUUAUCAGCAAAAAUCAAGGAGUCAUGAAUAACUCAUCAUUGGGUUUAGUGAACACUUCUUUAGCAUUUUCUACAAGCGAGUUCGAUCAUAUUAUAAAAGCUGAGGCUCUGAUGACGUUUGCCCCUGAAUUUGGAGCAGUUGAAGCCCCUACAAGUGAGUUAUCUUCUUCUAUCUUCAGAAGUCCAUACUUCCCAAAAUCUCGAAAAGUGGAGAGUUCAAGUUCAAGUUCAAACACUUACACAUAUGGUGCAACACCUCCUAGUUCUCCUUGUUUUGAUGGUUCUGAUGAGAAGACAGGCAUACUCGUGAAUUCAAAUACUUCCACUGUAAAGCCAAGUUCAAGUGCUACUCUUCAGUCAAAGAACUGGUACACUCUUGUGGAGAGUGUCAAGGACCAACAUGACAGAAGAUCUUCUAACAAUAGCGUUGUAACAAGUGAAGGCAUGGGGUCAUCCAUAUCAAAUAUCAAUCCUGUAAAUGAUAUUAAAGGUGCCCCUAGGAAAAUUGCCGACAGCACAUUGCGUGGAGAUAAUAUAUUUCUGUCUAUGAAAACUGUGCUUUCAACUGAAAUCGAGUGCAUUAUGUUCCAAGCCUCUAUGUGUAGGAUACGACACACCCUAUUAUCUUCAAGUAGCCCUAUGCCAGUAGGUUUGAGUAGGUUGACUCCAAGCACUAUUUUAAAUCAGCUUCCCAAUGACCAUAGUGUUAUGACAGACAAUAUAUCUGGCAAGUAUGAGGUGGAAAAGAAAGAAUCUAUACCAGUUAGAAUAGCUGGUGAUAUUGACGGAGGAAUGCUAGAUGGGCAUCUCAAUGCUCCAGUUGGUGUUUGGCGUUCUGUUAGCGUUCCUAGGGUAUCAAAACCCACAAAUUCACCAAGUAUGGAAGUCAACCCAUCUUUGCCCCAUAAUCCAUUCAAUGAGGAAGGCAUGCUUUCUUAUGGGCAAAGACAACCACUUCAAGAGCUUCUUGAUGGUAUGGCAUUACUUGUCCAACAAGCUACUUCAUUUGUUGAUCUGGCUCUUGAUACGGAUUGCGGUGAUGGACCUUGUGGUUUGCUGGCAUUACAAGAGCAAUGGAGAAAAGGAUUCUCCUGUGGGCCUUCUAUGGUUCAUGCAGGUUGUGGGGGAACUUUGGCUUCGUGUCAUUCCUUGGACAUUGCUGGAGUGGAGUUAACUGAUCCUCUUUCCGCUGAUGUUUAUGCUUCCUCUGUAAUUAGUUUGCUACAAUCCGACAUAAAAACAGCUUUAAAAUCUGCAUUUGAUGCUCUGGAUGGACCAUUGUCUGUCACUGAUUGGUGCAAAGGCCGAAACCAAUCAGGUGAAUCAGGAAGUGUGGGCGAUGGGUAUUCUGCUGAAUCGACUAUUACUGAAUGUAGGGAUUCAUCAGGUUCUGCAGCAGUAUCUAUUGGAGACUCAAUGAGCCCGUCUCAGUCUUCUGGUGGACCAUCAGGCUUUAAAGAUGGAGGGAAAAUGGAUGAGACAGGCCAAAGGAGAUCAAAUCAAGAAAACUGUGGUUCUGAAGGAGAACAGCAAAACUUCUUCCGGCUAAGACCAUCACUCUUUGUUGUUCCCUUGCCUUCUAUACUUGUUGGGUAUCAGGAUGAUUGGCUGAAGACAUCAGCGAGCUCUCUACAACUCUGGGAAAAGGCUCCCUUUGAACCUUAUGCUUUACAGAAACCUAUUACUUAUUGUGUAGUAUGUCCAGAUAUUGAUCCUCUUACGUCUGCUGCUUCUGAUUUUUUCCAACAACUAGGGACUGUUUAUGAGACAUGCAAACUGGGUACUCAUUUACCCCAGAGUUUUGGGAACCAAAUGGAGGUAGAUUCUGGGAAAUGUUUGUCUCCUGGUUUUAUUUUACUCGAUUGCCCUCAAGCAAUGAGGAUAGAAAGCGGUAAUGCAUCUCUUGUUGGCUCAAUAAGUGAUUAUUUUCUCUCUCUUUCCAAUGGUUGGGACUUGACAAGCUAUCUCAAGUCCCUCUCAAAGGCUCUAAAAGCUUUGAAGCUUGGCCAAUGCAUGUCCACAAAUACUAGAGAAGGAAGUAGCAGUUCAUGUAUGGUUAUCUAUGUAGUAUGCCCUUUCCCUGAGCCUACUGCUGUUUUACAAACUGUUGUUGAAUCUUCUGUUGCUGUUGGAUCUGUUAUUUUCCAAUCAGACAGAGAAAGGAGAUCUGUAUUGCACAGUCAGGUCGCAAAGGCAUUAAGCUGUUCUGCAUCUGUGGAUGAAGCAUCAAUAUCAAAUGUUCUAGUACUUUCGGGGUUUAGUAUUCCUAAAUUGGUACUGCAGAUUGUUACAGUUGAUGCCAUUUUCAGAGUUACAAGUCCAUCACUUAGUGAGCUUGUAAUUCUUAAGGAGAUUGCUUUUACUGUUUAUAACAAGGCUCGUCGGAUGUUGCGAGGAUCUUCUAAUGAUGCAGUUCACUCAUCAUCGUUGUCCGGUAGGUCUCACUCAGUCAUGACACAAAUGCCUUCACCGACCCCUGGAAUGUGGAAAGACUGCAUAGGUCCACGAAUUGCAGGGCAUUCCCUUCCAAGGGAGGGUGAAAUUGAUUCUAGCUUGAGGCAUGGUACGUGGGACAAUUCAUGGCAAACAAGAUCUGGAGCAUUAGCCUGCGAUCCAAACAGAAUGGGAGAUUACUUCCUUCAAGAUGAAAUUCGAUACAUGUUUGAGCCACUAUUUAUUCUUGCAGAACCUGGUUCUGUAGAACAUGGAUAUACACCUUUUGGUUUUGGUAAUUUAUCUUCAGAAUCUUCAAAAACGUUGUUGGAUGAUAGUUACAUGCAGAGUGCAAGUUCGGUGGGAAGUGGUGAUGCUGCAUCAAACUCUCAUAUUGAUGGAUCCGAUAUGGAUAAGAAUCCUCCGAGCAUACAUUGUUGCUAUGGCUGGACUGAGGAUUGGCGUUGGCUAGUAUGCAUCUGGACAGAUUCAAGAGGUGAAUUGCUUGAUAGCCAGAUAUUCCCUUUUGGUGGAAUUAGCAGUAGGCAAGACACAAAAGGUCUCGAGUGCCUUUUCAUUCAAGUUCUGCAGCAAGGUUGCCAGAUACUACAGGCUUGCUCUUCUGAUACUGGUGUCGCCAGACCCAGAGAUUUCGUGAUUGCACGCGUUGGAAGUUUCUAUGAACUUGAAUACCAAGAGUGGCAGAAAGCAAUUAAUUCAGUAGGGGGUGCUGAGGUGAAAAAAUGGCCCCUGCAAUUGCGGCGAUCUGUGUCUGAUGGGAUACCCGCCAACCCUAAUGGAACUUCCUUACAGCAGCAGGAAAUGAGUUUGAUUCAAGAAAGAAAUCUACCUUCUUCACCUAGCCCUCUGUACAGUAGCCCUCACACAAAAACUUCUGGCUUUAUGAAAGGUGGUUUAGGGCAACCUACAUCAAGAAAGCAAAUUAUGAGCGGGCACGCUGUGAUUGACAGUUCAAAGAGUCUGCUUCAGUGGGUGCAAAGCAUCAGUUUUGUUGCUAUUUCUGUUGACCAUUCUUUACAUCUAGUUUGUCAAGCAGAUUCAACAUCUCCUGGAGGCUCCCAAGGUGGUCUUUACUCCGGCUCCUCGACGUAUCUGGAAGGAUUCACCCCUGUGAAGUCGAUUGGUUCUAUAUCUGCUUCUUACAUUCUUAUCCCGUCACCUAGCAUGCGCUUCCUCCCUCCAACACCUCUUCAGCUCCCCACAUGCCUCACAGCCGAAUCCCCCCCACUAGCCCAUCUCCUUCACAGCAAGGGUCCUGCAAUUCCCCUUUCCACUGGCUUUGUGAUUUCAAAAGCUGUACCUACUAUGAGAAAAGAUUGUAGGAACAGUUUAAAAGAGGAAUGGCCUUCAGCUCUUUCGAUUAGUCUUGUUGAUCAUUACGGAGGGAAUAACUUCUCCCAAGAAAAAAUGGCUAGAGGUCUAAUGAAACAAGGGGGAAGGAGUUCAAGUUCAGAGCUCAAGGAAUUCGAAAUUGAGACCCACUUGAUUCUCGAGUCUGUUGCUGCCGAGCUCCAAGCCCUCUCAUGGAUGACUAUAAGCCCAGCAUACUUGGAACGACGAACUGCCCUGCCUUUUCAUUGUGAUAUGGUUUUGAGACUGAGGAGGCUCCUUCAUUUUGCUGAUAAGGAACUUUCUCGGCGUCCUGAAAAGUCACAAAAUGUGGGUUAAAAAAUCAAAGUAUCAUUUGGGAAGAUAUCUUCUUGAAGAAUGCACGGGUGCACCCAAGUAAGCCACUUUUUUUUUUAUUUUUUUGUGAUGUAGAGAUCUGGGGUCUACUUUUUGCUUCUAUGCCAUGCACAAUGUACAAUACAUGAAAAUUGUAUAUGUGAUUUAGCUGGUGAUAAUUUAGAGAUCUUUUUGACUACUGUAGAGUAAGAAAUAGUCUUCAGGAAAUAGUUAGAUCUAAUUGAUGUAGUUGAGAUUCUAGAUUUGGAAGAUGUAUAUGAACGUGGAUACAACUUACAUGGUUUGUAAAUUCAUUGGUGGGGAUAAGUUCUUCCUAGUUAGAAGUAACUGUAUUCUAGGAACCCAAUUUUGUCUCCCUUCUCUUUCUUGGUUGUUUUGAACAACCACUAAAUUGAGCGAUAAUUGUUUGUUUUGAUCCUAUGGCUUUAGUUUGCACAAUAUGGACAAAAGAAAAGUUUGGUCAGCGACUUGUAUGUCGUUUUUUUAUAAAUCAAUAACCAACGUGGGGUAUAUACGCCUGCAGUUUUGAUUUCCAAUCUUGUAUUCUUGUAUUUACUACUCAGCCAUGUAAUUCAACUGAAAGGAGAGUUAAUGA